AAGGGGGGAAAAGGGUGCAGCCGUCCCAAACCGUUGACCCGUCGCAUCCCCCGGGGUGGAGCGUCGGUGCUAAGAAACUAACCAACCACCAAUUCUCUUCUCCAAUACAAAACCAUUCCAUUCGCAUCCUCCUCACUUCCUCAGAUCCAAAUCGCGCGCGAGAGAGCAAGGGAGGAAGAAAGAAAGAGAUCUCGCCUAGCGCCACCAGAAUCUGCCAUGGCCUCGGCCGCACCGCCCCUCCUCCCCACCUCUGUCCCGGCCGCCGCGCCCGCCACCGUCCUCCCCGCCGCUCCGGACGCCGCCACCUCCAUCGCCUCCCCAGACCCGGCCGCCACGCGCGCCUUCCUGGGCCGCCUGUACGACUCGGCCAAGCGCUCCCUCUCGGGCGCCCGGCCCUGGCCCGAGCUCCUGGACCGCGCCGCGCUCUCGCGCCCGGACUCCCUCUCAGACGCCACCGCCCGCCUCCGCAAGAACCUCGCCUACUUCCGCGUCAACUACGCCGCGCUCGUCGCGCUCUCCCUCGCGGUCUCCCUCCUCGCGCACCCCUUCUCGCUCGCCGCCCUCCUCGCGCUCCUCGCCGCCUGGUGCUUCCUCUACAUCCUCCGCCCCGCUGACGCGGCCCCGCUCGCCGCCUUCGGCCGCACCUUCUCCGACAGGGAGACGCUCGGGGGGCUCAUCGCCGCCUCCGUCUUCGUCGUCUUCCUCACAUCUGUCGGUGGGAUCAUCUUCUCCGCGCUGGCGCUCGGCGCCGCCGUCGUCUGCGCGCACGGGGCCUUCCGCGUGCCCGAGGACCUCUUCCUCGACGAGGUGCCCGACCAGGGCCUCGUAGGAAACGGCGCCACCCUCAACCUCCUCUCCUUCAUCAACGGCGCCGCCGGAGGAGGAGGACGCGUCUGAGCCAGCCUCAUAUCCUCAGCUCUCUGAUCUGCUACUCGGAAGACACAAGUCACUGUUGAAGAUGCCCUAAGUGUAGUAUCGAUCUUGUUUGGAGUAUCAUUAAUUGAAUUCCAAUGACGACAAUCCUUACAACAUUUUAUUCAUAUAGGUGGUCUGAAAUGUCAAAAAAUCGUCGAUGUAAAGCGGUAAUAAGUUCUGUAUGCCGAAUUUGAGAUCUCCUUUUACCGUCCAACGACCGAUAAAUAAGUGAAACGAGGACUUUUUCUUA